GUAACGUGAACCAUUGGAUUCCCUACUUUGUGUGCUAAUUAUAAACCUAUAAAAUUCAAUAUUUAGCGACAAUCAUGUGUUUAACGGUUUCAAUUCAAUAACAUUUGGUGCUAUCGGUAAACAUCUGUCUUUUCCCAACUUUCUUAAGGACGAGAGAUCGUUGCUUCUAUUUCUACAACAACAGUUUCAUCAAACUUGUGGCCAAGAUAAGGUGCUGUCAUCCGAUAUCUCGAACCAGAAAACCAUCAACGGCAAAAUGAUGAUUUGAAGGACACCGCAGUUCAUUUUUGAGGCAUGCUCAUACUAACGUAACAUUCGAACACAGAAAUUUCUCAAGAUCGAGAUGAAGAAUUCUUUGGAAAAAGAUGCGAACCAGUGCGUUGCAGGUCAGCGUAAAAAAAGAUUUCCAGGCAGAUGGUCGAUCCGUCAAUUCAUCUAUUCUAGUCCCUUACUAAAUCGUAGACGUAAUCAGGCUAACACUUCUACCCCUAAACCUUCCAGGAGCCACGACAAGGAAACCGAUAGUCGUCAAGGAAACUCCUCCAAAGACAUAGAAUGUGGUCUUCCCCCCAAUGUGGAAAUUCAUCAGGCAGCUAGCAGAACUUCAGUAUUCACGGGUAGCACCAAAAGUGCUGAUGGUCUACCAGCUUCCCUAGAAUGUCCGUUGUGCUUCGCAGAACUCGAUCUAGAGGAAUUUUUCCAAGUGGCAAGCUGCGGUCACCGUGCUUGUCUGCAAUGCCUGAAACAAUACCUGAGGGUUGAGAUCACCGAAUCACGUGUUAUCAUCACCUGUCACGAAUGCCCGGAACCCAUUCAUCCGAACGAAAUAAAAAUCAUCCUGGACGACCCUGCUAUGAUGGACAAAUACGAGGACUUCAUGGUCAGAAGGGUUUUAGCAGUUGAUGCAGAUACAAGAUGGUGUCCUGCUCCAGACUGCGGAUUUGCUGUUAUAGCUAGCGAAUGCGCGAGUUGUCCAAAGCUGAGAUGCGAGCGACCAGGAUGUGAUUCGUUCUUCUGUUAUCAUUGCAAGGCUGAAUGGCAUCCCAAUCAGACAUGUGAUGCAGCCCGCGCUCAGAGAUCUCCAAACAUUAGGUCUUCUUCGAUAGCCUAUAGUACAGACUCUCAGUAUAAAGAAGACAUCAAGCCGUGUCCCAGAUGUGAAGUAUUAAUAGUUAAAAUGGACGAUGGUUCGUGUAAUCAUAUGAUGUGCGCCGUCUGUGGUGCAGAAUUUUGUUGGCUGUGCAUGAAGGAAAUUAGCGAUUUGCAUUAUUUAAGUCCGUCAGGUUGCACAUUCUGGGGAAAAAAGCCAUGGUCUAGAAAAAAGAAAAUUCUUUGGCAGCUAGGUACUUUGGUUGGGGCGCCUGUUGGCAUUGCAUUAGUAGCUGGAAUAACGGUUCCUGCUAUGAUAAUAGGUAUUCCGGUAUGGAUAGGUAGAAAGAUGUAUACUAGGUACAAGAAUGCCAAUAAGCAUAAGAGAAAUGCUGCAAUUGUUGGAGGAGUUUUAGCUUCGGUUGUUAUAUCUCCCAUACUGGCCGGAUUGGCGGUAGGCAUCGGCGUACCGAUCCUCCUCUUCUACGUCUACGGCGUGGUUCCAGUGUCACUAUGCCGUUCCGGAGGGUGCGGUGGCAGAUCAACAACGGACGACAACGACGUUAUGGUCUGUAACAGAGUGGACAGAAGCUCCAUGGACGCCGUCAGCGUAAACACGAAGAUUCCCAACCCUUCAAUAGGCGAAGCUAGCUUAUCCCUGGCCAGCGAGAGCCACAUCCUUCGUGAGCCAGACAGGGAAUCUGCCAGUACCGUUGCCUUGGCAGGAAGCAUGGCCGGGCAUCGUUUGGAGGUGCAGGCCGAUAUGAAUUCCACACAGCGAUACAGCAUCACCAGCUUAUCCGCCGAAUCUGGUAACGCGAGUUUAGACGAAACUGGAGCAUCCAUGAGAGCUUUAGCCGGAUCCAUUUUUAAUUAUAAGGCAAAUGGAAGUGAUUCAUGCAGUUAUAACACGAACGAAGAUGGUGCUUCAGAAAGAGUGCGAUUCGACGAUAAUGUGAGUUACAAAGCUUCCCAAGCCGAGAAACUCAGCAUAGGAAGCAGCUGUAGUUAUCGACCAAAAUCCAAGAACGUUUCAAGACUCGAUCAUUUUCAUGAUACAGUUAGUAAUGAUAGCAUAUACAUCGAUAUAACCCCGACGGAAGAAAAGCCGUCAUCCAGGAAAUUCUCCUCGCAGACUGCUUUCCUGAGAAGUCAAUUUUUCCAGUUUGUCAACGAACAGAAACCAAUCACGAAAAGUAUGGAAGAAAGAACCAUUAUUGAGGUCUCCAACGAAACGCUUAACAAGCCAUCCUGUUCAGGAUCUUCGAAUUCGGUUAUUUCCAAGUCAGCCCAUGAAACAACAGAGCUAUGAGUUACCUUGUAAAUUUAUUUUUACUAAGACUGAUGUCCAUAAUAAAUACUAUUUAUUUUAUAUCAAUUGUAGCAACAAGUUGAAAAUUGCCGAUACAUAAGUUCAAUUCUGGUUCGCUUUUUUGUAUUUUAAUGAUGAAACGUGUUUGUGAAUGGUCGUUUUUCAAACGCCAGGAAUCUUUUAGUUUUUUAUAUCUAGCUUUUAAAACGAUGUUAAUUUUCGAAUUUAUCUGGACUGGAAAUUAAUUAGAUAAUAUUUAUUUGAUCAUCAUUCAUUGUGAUUUUCUGUAUUUCUUGGAAAUUAUAUUUAUUUGUUAGAAUGUCUGUAUUAUGAUCGAAAUAAAUAAUUGUCCUUGUAAA